AUGACAAAAUCAUUCGAAUUUCGACAGAUUCUUGUUAGAAGCUAUCAUUGUAAGCGAUGUAAAAAAGAUUUUAAAUGUGCUAAAAAAAUACCAGAAAAGCAAAGAAAUGAACUCGAAGACAAAUUUCAGAAGACACAACCAUGUAAACUUUGUGAAAACCAACAUAUUCGUUGUAAUGAUGAUAGAUGUUCGAAUUGUUGCGAAAAGUUUAAGUGUAACGAUCCUGAAAAAUGUGAUCACUGCAAAGAACUUGGUAUUGAAUGUGAAUAUACAUUUCCACGAACGCAAGAAGAGUUCGAAAAGUAUUCAAGUUUAGAUUAUAUAAUACAUCAGUUUGAAUCGACAGAAAGUAAAAGGGUAUAUAAUCAAGCAUAUUUCAUUUUCAAUACAAAAAUGACUAUGAGAUCGGUUAAAAAACUAUUUAAGGAUGAUGAAAUAUGGUUUCCUCCUAAAGAAGGUGCAAUAUGCGAUUCCACUCAUAAUCGAGAUUAUGCAAAAAAAAAAUAUAAUCCAUGUAAAUUGCAUCAUAAUCCAUAUGACAAAGAUCCCCAAAAAAGAACAUUUUGUAAAUGUGAUUUAUCAGAUUCAAUUCUUGGUGAGUGCAAAUUUUGUAAUGAGGAAUGUUGUUCACAUAGAACUCUAGCACGCUGGGAAGGAUCUUCAGAUAUUGUUGGACCUUUUAUAUUCGGUACUUGGAGAAAUCUUCCAGGUUCAAAUGAAAAGCAAGUAGUAUGUGAGGAAAUUAAUAGAAUGAAAUUGACAGAUGUGAUACUUCGUGACAAUUUAAUUAGGAAAGGGAUUCCUCCUAAUGAAAUAUUAAAAAACCCUGCCGAACUUUUGCCUCGAUUCUGGAUUAGUAAUUUUUCACAAUAUGAAGAAUUUGAAAAAAAAAGAUUAAUAAGUGAGACUAAAUACAUUCCAGGAAAAAAGCAUUAUCCAAAAAAUUUUUUCUUUUAUGGUGAUUCUGGACCUGGAAAAUCAACUUUAAUGGAAAAUUUAGCCUCUGCAUUAACUAAAGAUCGUUCAAAUUGUAUUUGUAUUAAAGCUAAAGAUCAAAAUUAUAUUGACGAGUAUCAGAAUCAAGCAUGUAUUACUAAGGACGAAUUAACUCAUGAUACAUUCAAUUUCCAGGAUUUAAUGAGUUGUUGUGAAAAAAAUAGCCUAACAAUUAAACAAAGAAAAAAAAAGCCUAUUGAAAUAGUUUCAAAGUUUCACGUGUUUACAGCUCAAGAUUCUUUUGACGAUAUAUUUUGUUUUGAAAAAUGCAAAUCUAAAGAAAGUGUUAAAAGCAAAGAUAAACACGUUAAAAGCAAAAAUGAUCCCGUUAAAAACGAAGAAAAACGGAAUGCUAUUUUUAGAAGAUUCACAAAAGCUCGAGAAUAUACGCAUGGAUACAUAAUUAAACUUGAAGGAAGAUAUGUAAGAGAUGGACGUGUAAAAUUUAUUAUCGAAUCUGAUGAAUUUAAUAAACCUGGUGAUUUAAAUGAUUUUAUUCAGGGAAGAUUUGAUAUCAAAUUUGCCGAAGAUGUCUACUUAAAAAUCGAAGUUGAUAUGUCAUAUAUAUUAGGAGGUAUAAUAUGUCGCGUUAAUGACAAAGAAAAUUCUUUCUGGGUAUAUAAUAAAUAUUGGGAGAACGAUCUCCCUUCAGAUUUUGUUGAUCCAAAAAAUUCGAGUAAAAUUGAUAAAAAAUUACGUGAAAAAAUAAUCAGGAAGGAAAAUACACGUAAUGUUUCUCAAGAAAAUGAUAUCCCAAAUAAAAACCCUAAAGAAAAUAUUCUGAAUGAAAUUGUUCCUGAAGAAAAUAGUUCUAAUGAAAAUAUUCCGGUAGGAGAUUAUAUGAAAGAAAAUAAUUUAGAUAAUGUUAUUGACGAAGAACAAAGACAAAUUCAAAGCAAUCAUGAAGAAUCGAAUAAAAAACAUUUAUUCGACGAGUUGGACAUAAGUGAGGAUUUAGAUAGGCAUGUAGAUAAAAAGAACAAAAAAUAA